AUGGGUCAGCUCCUGCCCAUAUAUGGCAGCAGUUAUUUUUUUUUUCUCCACCCUUUUCUCUCUCUCUUUUCCCCUUUUCUCUCUCUUUUCCCCUUUUCUCUCUCUUUUCCCCUUUUCUCUCUCUCUCUCUCUUUUCCCCUUUUCCCCUUUUCUUUUUUUUUUGCCUUUCCCUUCUCUCUCUCUCUCUUGCCUUUUUAUUCCCUUCCCUCUCUCUUGCCUUUUUAUUCCCUUCCCUCUCUCUUGCCUUUUUGUCCUCCCCGUCUUCUUUUUCCUCCCAUUUUUAGGACUUAUUUGAAUUCUCUCCCAAAACAUUGCAGAGAGGCAUUUUUUUUCUCUCCCUAUUUCUCUCUUGUCCUAAUUCUCUCCCUAUUUCUCUCUCGUCCUAAUUCUCUCCCUAUUUCUCUCUCUCGUCCUAAUUCUCUCCCUAUUUCUCUCUCUCGUCCUAAUUCUCUCCCUAUUUCUCUCUCUCGUCCUAAUUCUCUCCCUAUUUCUCUCUCUCGUCCUAAUUCUCUCCCUUUUUCUCUCUGUCCUAAUUCUCUCCCUAUUCUCUCUCUCUCCCUCUCUCUCUUUUCUCUCCCCUCUCUCUCUCUCCCCUCUCCCUCUCUCUCUCUCCCCUCUCUCUCUCUCUCCCCUCUCUCUCUCCCUCUCCCCUCUCUCUCUCCCCUCCGUCUCUCUCUCUCCCCUCUGUCUCUCUCUCCCCUCCCCUCUCUCUCUCUCUCUCCUCCUCCUCCCCCCCUCUCUCUCUCCCCUCCCUCUCUCCUCCCUAUUUCUCUCUCUCUCUGUUGUGUGCUGCAUGACUGUUCAGAAUGUCAGUAUUUGUCUUGCUUGCCAGGGGCCAGUUUCCAUUCGGAACAACAAAAAGAUGCUGGUGUCAGCUUAGUGGAACAUGAAGAUGUUUCUGCCGCUCCUGCCACAACACCUGCAGGAGGAAGCACUUCAUUAUCUGGUGGAGAGGAACCCGACCAAGAAGUAGCUGUGAUAACAACAACAACAACAACUGUGAUACAUGAAAAUAGAGGUAGUGACAAUAGCACGAGCAAGGUGGGAGGCCCCGCAGCCAGUUGUUUGCCUCAAGUACAAGCGGAUUCCAUCCUUGAUAAUAUCAGCUUGGAGAAAUCUGAUCUGGAAAAUUCCAAUAGAAGUAGGUUUUCUUUGGUUUUUCUUUUCUUUGUUCUUUUCUUUUCUUUGGUUUUUCUUUUCUUUGUUCUUUUCUUUUCUUUGGUUUUUCUUUUCUUUGUUCUUUUCUUUUCUUUGGUUUUUCUUUUCUUUGUUCUUUUCUUUUCUUUGUUUUUUCUUUUCUUUUGUUCUUUUCUUUUCUUUGGUUUUUCUUUUCUUUGGUUUUUCUUUUCUUUGGUUUUUCUUUUCUUUGUUCUUUGUUCUUUUCUUUGUUCUUUGUUUUUCUUUUCUUUGUUUUUUUUUCUUUGGUUUUCUUUUCUUUGGUUUUUCUUUUCUUUGGUUUUUCUUUUCUUUGGUUUUUCUUUUCUUUGGUUUUUCUUUUCUUUGUUCUUUGUUCUUUUCUUUGUUCUUUGUUCUUUUCUUUGUUCUUUGUUCUUUUCUUUGUUCUUUGUUCUUUUCUUUGUUCUUUGUUCUUUUCUUUGUUCUUUUCUUUGUUCUUUGUUCUUUUCUUUGUUCUUUGUUCUUUUCUUUGUUCUUUGUUCUUUUCUUUGUUCUUUGUUCUUUUCUUUGUUCUUUGUUCUUUUCUUUGUUCUUUGUUCUUUUCUUUGUUCUUUGUUCUUUUCUUUGUUCUUUUCUUUUUCUUUGUUCUUUGUUUUUUUCUUUGUUCUUUUCUUUUUUCUUUGUUCUUUUCUUUUUUCUUUGUUCUUUUCUUUUUUCUUUGUUCUUUUCUUUUUUCCUUUGUUCUUUUCUUUUCUUUGUUCUUUUCUUUUCUUUUCUUUCUUUUCUUUUCUUUUCUUUCUUUUCUUUUCUUUUCUUUCUUUGUUCUUUUCUUUUCUUUUCUUUCUUUGUUCUUUUCUUUUCUUUCUUUGUUCUUUUCUUUUCUUUCUUUGUUCUUUUCUUUUCUUUUCUUUCUUUGUUCUUUUCUUUUCUUUUCUUUCUUUGUUCUUUUCUUUUCUUUUCUUUCUUUGUUCUUUUCUUUUCUUUUCUUUCUUUGUUCUUUUCUUUUCUUUUCUUUCUUUGUUCUUUUCUUUUCUUUUCUUUCUUUGUUCUUUUCUUCUAACUCCAUCUCCAGUGUCCACUCACUCAAAAUCUGAUUCCCGCAGUCAGUCUCCUGCAAGUGAAUUGGCUGUAGAACUAAAUCAAAAAGACAGCCCUACUCCAGAUCGUGACAGCUUGCACAUUGAUGUAGUUGCUGGCUCUGGAGCUGAAGAAGCUCCAAUGAACAGAAGUUCAAUGCCAGGAGCUGAUAAUGGUGAGGAGUAUAAGAGUGUAUUAGCUGGGGGUUAUGUCAUGGGGUGGACACCAGAUGUUGCUGUGGUAUUAUGGCGAAGAAUGCUUGGUGUUCUUGGCAAUGUCAAUGAAAUUGAAGAUCCUGAAAUACAUACUUCUGUUUAUAAAUGCCUCUAUGGACUCAUGGAAACCAUGAUCAAGGACAUGGUAAAUGUGUUGGUGAGACAUUGUGGGCCUUGGUUUCUUUCUGCUCCUCUGCCUGGUUCAACUUUGCUAAUUCUAGAUUCUGUCCAUGCUGCAGGAAGUAUUGUUUCCAGUUUAGACUUAGACUGUCCAAUAAAAAUAGUGGCUAAAGUUGCCUCUGAUAUGUUGAUGCUGUUGUGUGAUCAUGUAGACACACUUCUCAAUUAUCACCCAGAUUUACCUAAGAAGAUAAUUGAGGUGCUGAAUGCUGCCGUGACUGGCCACACUACGGCUUCCCUCUCUCGUGGGUGUUAUUCUUUAUCAGAUUUCAACCCUGAGGCUGAUAUUGAUGGAAAUACUCAAACUGGUAUAAGCUCCUCAAAACUUUAUUCUGGAGAGACGACUGAGAGUGCGACUGUUGAAAAUCCAAAGGGACUUUGCCCAUUUGAAACUCCUGUAAAACCAGAAACAGAUAUCUUAAAACUGGCAGCCAGGACAUUCUUUGUACUUAACCACCAGUCAUUGAUAUCAUUUGUAGAGCUUCCAGCAAUACAAGAUAUUCCUGGAGGUGGUGUGACUGCUGGUCUAACAACUGCUAAGACAGUAUGUCGGGUAAUUAUUAGAGACUUGCAUUCGAAAAUUGUGUGCAUAUGUUUAUUAUUCAUUGUCUCUCUCUCCUUCUUCUUUCGCCCGCUCCUCCCCUCUCCUUCUUCUUUCGCCCGCUCCUCCCCUCUCCUUCUUCUUUCGCCCGCUCCUCCCUCUCCUUCUUCUUUUACCCCGCUCCUCCCUCUCUCUCUCUUUCACCCUCCUCCCCUCUCUCUCUCUUUCACCCGCUCCUCCCCUCUCUCUCUCUUCGCCGCUCCUCCCCUCUCUCUCUCUUUCGCCACUCCUCCCCUCUCUCUCUCUUUCUUUCGCUCCUCCCCUCUCCUUCUUCUUUCGCCCCGCUCCUCCCCUCUCUCUCUCUUUCGCCCGCUCCUCCCCUCUCCUUCUUCUUUCCCCGCUCCUCCCCUCUCUCUCUCUUUCACCCGCUCCUCCCCUCUCUCUCUUUUCCCCGCUCCUCCCCUCUCUCUCUCUUUCGCCCUCCUCCCCCUCUCUCUCUCUUUCGCCCGCUCCUCCCUCUCUCUCUUUCGCCCGCCUCCUCCCCUCUCUCUCUCUUUCGCCCUCCUCCCCUCUCUCUCUUUCGCCCGCUCCCCCUCUCUUUCCCUCCCCUCCCCUCUCUCUCUCCCCCCCCCCUCCCUCCCGCUUGUCUCCCCUGUUGUGGAUAGCCCGACCACUGUGCAGUUCCCACCAACGUCCAGUGAACAGAAAUCAACUGUUAGACAGCAGAACUGUGAUAACCGCAAGAAUGUUGCAAAUCCCCCACUGCACUCCUUCUGUGAAUUGCCCCAAGGAGACCGGCCAAACAGUGAUAAUUUGGAUGAUCUGCUACAAUAUAUUGGUUACACAAGUCCUGAGUGCCUCUUGAUGCCUGGUGUCCCACUCAAUAUUCCAGCUCAAAUUCCAGAGAAAUUGAGUGUUCAAGCUGAAGAGAUGAUGACCAAGUUAGUGCUGCAGCAAAAAGAAGCGGAACUUGAUUAUUACAAUCAGCACAAAUCUGACUCACGUCGUGACACUCAUAAAGUUGCUGUGAUAUAUGUUGCUGAAGGCCAAGAAGAUAAACAUUCAAUCCUUGCAAAUUGUAGUGGAAGCAGAGCAUAUGAAGAUUUUGUCAGUGGAUUAGGCUGGGAGAUGAGGCAUUUAGGCAAUGAUGAAGUCCAUAUAGUAUGGUCAGAGCAUAGUCGUGACUAUCGACGGAAUAUUAUCCCUACUGAAUUUGGUGAUGUCUUAAUAAUUAUCUACCCUCUUCCAAAUGGUCUCUUCAGAAUCCAGAUCAACAAAAAACCUGACUUUUCUCUUAUUUCUCACUCUGUUUUGUCUCACUCUCACUUUCUCACUCGGGUUUGUCUCUCUCUCGCUUUUUCUCUCAGUCGCUUUUUUUUUUCUAUCUCUCUUUCUCUCUCUCUCACUUUUUCUUUCUUUCUCUCUCUCUCGCUUUUUCUUUCUUUCUCUCUCUCUCGCUUUUUCUUUCUUUCUCUCUCUCUCGCUUUUUCUUUCUUUCUCUCUCUCUCGCUUUUUCUUUCUUUCUCUCUCUCUCGCUUUUUCUGUCUUUCUCUCUCUCUCGCUUUUUCUGUCUUUCUCUCUCUCUCGCUUUUUCUGUCUUUCUCUCUCUCUCGCUUUUUCUGUCUCUCUCUCUCUCUCUACUUUUCUGUCUUUUUCUCUCUCUCUCUUUUUUUGUCUUUCUCUCUCUCGCUUUUCUCUUUCUUUCUCUCUCUCUUUUUCUCUCUCUCUCCUUUCUGUCUCUCUCUCUUUUCUGUUUUCUCUCUCUUUUUCUGUCUCUCUCUCUUUUUCUGUCUCUCUCUCGCUUUUUCUGUCUCUCUCUCGCUUUUUCUGUCUCUCUCUCGCUUUUUCUGUCUCUCUCUCGCUUUUUCUGU